AUGUUAUGUUGGGGGUAUUGGUCUCUGGGCCAACCUGGGAUCAGCCCGAACCUGCAGGGCAUUGUGGCGGAGCCACAGGUGUGUGGAUUUAUAUCCGACAGAAGCGUCAAGGAAGUGGCCUGUGGAGGAAACCACUCCGUGUUCCUGCUGGAGGAUGGCGAAGUUUACACGUGCGGUGUGAACACCAAGGGACAGCUGGGCCACGAGAGGGAAGGGAACAAGCCGGAGCAAAUUGGAGCUUUGGCCGAUCAGCACAUUGUCCAUGUGGCAUGUGGCGAGUCCCACAGUCUGGCCCUCAGUGACCAGGGCCAGCUGUUUUCCUGGGGUGCAGGUAGUGACGGGCAGCUGGGACUCAUGACUACUGAGGAUUCUGUGGCAGUACCCAGGUUAAUACAAAAGCUGAACCAGCAGACAAUAUUACAAGUUUCCUGUGGCAACUGGCAUUGCUUGGCUCUUGGAGCUGAUGGCCAGUUCUUCACGUGGGGGAGAAACAGCCAUGGGCAGUUGGGCCUGGGGAAGGAGUUCCCUUCCCAAGCCAGUCCACAGAGGGUGAGGUCCCUGGAGGGGAUCCCGUUGGCGCAAGUGGCUGCAGGAGGGGCCCACAGCUUUGCCCUGUCACUCUCAGGAGCUGUAUUUGGCUGGGGGAUGAAUAAUGCAGGGCAGCUCGGGCUCAGUGAUGAGAAAGAUCGAGAGUCUCCUUGCCAUGUGAAGCUCCUGCGAACACAGAAAGUCGUCUAUAUCAGUUGUGGAGAAGAACAUACAGCAGUUCUUACAAAAAGUGGAGGUGUGUUUACCUUUGGUGCUGGUUCCUGUGGGCAACUUGGACAUGAUUCCAUGAAUGAUGAGGUCAAUCCAAGAAGAGUUCUGGAGCUGAUGGGCAGUGAAGUCACUCAAAUUGCUUGUGGCAGACAACACACCCUAGCCUUUGUGCCUUCUUCUGGACUCAUCUAUGCAUUUGGUUGUGGAGCCAGAGGCCAACUAGGAACUGGACACACUUGUAACGUCAAGUGCCCUUCUCCUGUGAAAGGUUACUGGGCCGCCCACAGUGGCCAGCUUUCAGCCAGAGCUGAUCGCUUUAAAUAUCAUAUUGUUAAGCAGAUCUUCUCUGGAGGAGACCAGACUUUUGUACUUUGCUCCAAAUAUGAGAAUUCUUCUCCUGCUGUUGACUUCAGGACGAUGAACCAAGCACAUUACACCAGUUUAAUAAAUGAUGAAACCAUAGCAGUUUGGAGACAAAAGCUCUCAGAACACGACAAUGCAAAUACAAUCAAUGGUGUUGUUCAGAUAUUAUCUUCUGCAGCCUGUUGGAAUGGAAGUUUUCUUGAGAAAAAAAUUGAUGAGCAUUUUAAAACAAGUCCCAAAAUCCCUGGAAUUGAUCUGAACUCAACUAGAGUGUUAUUUGAGAAGUUGAUGAACUCUCAGCACUCCAUGAUUCUAGAACAGAUCUUAAAUAGCUUUGAAAGUUGCCUGAUUCCUCAGUUAUCGAGUUCACCACCAGAUGUUGAAGCGAUGAGAAUCUACUUAAUACUCCCAGAGUUUCCCCUGCUCCAGGAUUCCAAGUAUUAUAUAACGUUGACUAUCCCCCUGGCUAUGGCCAUUUUGCGGCUGGAUACAAACCCCAGCAAAGUCUUAGAUAACUGGUGGUCUCAGGUAUGCCCAAAAUACUUCACGAAACUGGUAAACCUCUAUAAAGGUGCAGUCGUUUAUCUGCUGAGAGGAAGAAAGACAUUCUUAAUCCCUGUACUGUUUAACAAUUAUAUCACAGCAGCUCUCAAGCUCUUGGAGAAGUUAUACAAGGUGAAUCUUAAAGUGAAACAUGUGGAAUAUGAUACAUUUUACAUUCCUGAGAUUUCCAGUCUAGUGGACAUUCAGGAAGACUACCUCAUGUGGUUCUUGCAUCAAGCAGGCAUGAAGGCUCGACCAUCUAUAAUGCAGGAUGCUGUAACGCUUUGUUCCUACCCUUUUAUCUUUGAUGCCCAAGCCAAGACCAAAAUGUUGCAAACUGAUGCUGAACUGCAGAUGCAGGUGGCGGUCAACGGGGCCAAUCUGCAGAACGUCUUCAUGCUGCUCACCUUGGAGCCUCUGCUGGCCAGAAGCCCCUUCCUGGUCCUUCACGUUCGCAGGAGCAACCUUGUUGGAGAUGCCCUAAGAGAGCUGAGCAUUCAUUCUGAUAUUGAUUUGAAAAAGCCUCUCAAAGUCAUUUUUGAUGGUGAAGAAGCAGUGGAUGCAGGUGGCGUCACAAAAGAGUUCUUUCUUUUACUGUUAAAAGAAUUGUUGAAUCCCAUCUAUGGAAUGUUUACCUACUACCAGGAUUCAAAUCUCUUGUGGUUUUCAGAUACGUGUUUCGUAGAGCACAACUGGUUUCACUUAAUUGGCAUAACCUGUGGACUUGCUAUCUACAACUCCACUGUGGUGGACCUGCACUUCCCGUUGGCUCUCUAUAAGAAGCUACUGAACGUGAAGCCUGGCCUGGAAGACUUGAAAGAGUUGUCACCCACAGAAGGAAGGAGUCUUCAAGAACUGUUAGAUUACCCUGGGGAAGAUAUUGAGGAGACUUUCUGUCUCAACUUCACGAUUUGUCGAGAAAGCUAUGGUGUGAUUGAACAGAAGCAGCUGAUACCAGGAGGAGACAGAGUGACUGUGUGCAAGGAGAACAGGCAGGAAUUUGUGGACGCUUAUGUGAAUUAUGUCUUCCAAAUCUCAGUUCAUGAGUGGUAUACAGCUUUCUCCAGCGGCUUCCUAAAGGUGUGUGGUGGCAAAGUGCUAGAGCUCUUCCAGCCUUCAGAACUGAGGGCCAUGAUGGUGGGGAACAGCAGCUACAACUGGGAGGAACUGGAAGAGACUGCCAUCUACAAGGGUGAUUACUCAGCCACACAUCCCACCGUGAAACUAUUCUGGGAAACAUUUCAUGAGUUCCCCUUGGAAAAGAAGAAGAAGUUUCUGUUGUUCCUGACGGGCAGUGAUCGCAUUCCCAUCUAUGGCAUGGCCAGCCUGCAGAUCGUCAUCCAGUCCACAGGCAGCGGAGAGGAGUACCUGCCCGUGGCCCACACUUGCUACAACCUUCUUGACCUCCCUAAGUACAGCAGCAAAGAGGUCCUGCGGGCGCGGCUGACUCAGGCCCUCGACAACUACGAGGGGUUCAGUUUGGCCUGA